UUGUGUUGUUCCGCCAUUUUAUUUUGGUGGGAUUCUGGGUUGGUUUGUGCUUGUGAUUAUUCGGCUUUAAUAUUAUCGCAAAAAAAAAACAGAACAUUUAUUGUUUAGAUCAACUCAAUAAGCCACACAAAGCUUGCUGUCCAAUAAGAAAAAUGUCUGGGGGAGGCGACAGUGAAGAAGGAAAUAUCGUAAAGUUGCGAGGACUGCCUUGGUCAGCAACAACAGAUGAUAUUCAAAAGUUCUUUAGAGACUGCAAGAUACUUGGAGGCAAAUUCGGCGUCCACAUGACAUCUUCUCGAGAAGGUCGCCCGAGUGGUGAAGCUUUUGUAGAAUUUGAGGACGCAGAAGAUGUAGAAAUUGCCAUACAAAAAGAUAGGGAACAUAUAGGAAACAGAUACAUUGAAGUGUUCAAAGUCAAUCGGGCUGAAAUGGAAUGGGUAAUAAAAAGAUCGGGCCCUACUUAUGGUUCUAACGAGGAUGGCUGUGUUAGAUUAAGAGGACUUCCUUUUGGUUGUUCGAAGGAAGAAAUAGCCCAAUUUUUCACUGGGUUGGAGAUAGUGCCCAACGGAAUAACUCUUCUGACUGACUACUCGGGGCGGAGUUCUGGGGAGGCGUACGUACAGUUCGUAAACAGAGAAGUGGCAGAGAAAGCUCUGCAGAAACACCGAGAAAAGAUCGGACACAGGUACAUAGAAAUAUUCCGCAGCAGCCUUUCGGAGGUUAACAGCGUCCUUGGUUACCAAGGUAGGAGGGGUGGCUCCGGAUCCGGCAUGUACAACUCACGACCUGGUCCAUACGACAGGGACCGUGACCGCUAUGGAAGCAGUGGCAGAUUCCAGUCGAGAGGCUCUCGCAGUUUUAAAGGUGCCAAUUUUUCAAAUAACGGGUCAGAUUACAACAGUUACGACCGCCCGUCGCCUUGGCUGAGCAACAGUCGUAACGGCAGCGAAAUAGGGGGGCCCCGAAGUCCCUACAUGGAUUCGUGGGGUGGCGGGAGUGAACGCAGCGCGGGAAUGCACUGUGUACACAUGAGAGGCUUGCCGUUCAAAGCGACACAGUCCGAUAUCUUAGACUUUUUCAAGCCUGUUAUCCCAGUUAACGUCCGGCUACUGCAAGACCAUACGGGUCGGGCCUCUGGCGAAGCGGAUGUAGAGUUCGCCUCCCACGACGACGCCGUCAGGGCUAUGAGCAAGGACAAGGGUCAUAUGCAGCACCGUUACAUCGAAUUAUUCUUGAAUUCCGCGGGUAGUUCCAGCAAUGGGAGCUCCGGUUACGGCCCAGGUAGGAGACGGCUGUAAUCGUGCUCCCCGGCGAUUCAUGAUACCUUAUCCGUCGUACGUUAACUGUAAACUUAACCAUUGGUAGAAAAUCGGCUUUGGGAAAGACAAUGUUCAGGGGGUUUUUGCAGUUUUUGUUUUUACGUUAAUUUGAAAAGUUCUUGCGAGUGAUUUUAAAUUUAUUUACUUUUUUUUUCUGAGAGUUCAAAAUGUCUCGGGAGAACAUUGUCUUAGAAAAUUGGAAAAUUUAAACUUACGUUUGAUGAAAAAUGCCUUGAACAAUUUUUAAAACAAUCACCAUAGCUACCAAUUUUCAAGUUAUUCCCAUUAGACUAAAGUUCCAUCCUGAGGAAAAAUUUGAAGCACAGUAACUGUUUUGUGACGAGCUUCGAUUUUUGGCCUAGAAACUGUUCAUACCCUAUAAAUCUUACAAAUUAGAAUGUUACAAGCCGAAUGGUUCGUGUACGUUUAUUUUAUUAUGAAACUUUUGAGUUUUCGAUUUAAUUUGCCAAUAAAUAAAAAAUUCCAGGUAAACUUCAGUCAGUACUAUAUAUAGGUGUAUAUAAUAUCGUAGCACAAUUAAUAUAAUCUUACAGCCAAGUAAGAUAAGAUCAUUGUCCUUUUAUGUGGUGUGGUGAUGUCCUCAAUAGCUACUCCUGUUCGAUUUCUGUACUGUUUCAUAUACAGGGUGCCCCAAUUUUUAGGCAGUUAACAGGAAAAAAAGAAACGAAGUGUAAAUGUUUUUUAUGAAAUAAACCGUAAAUAUGGGAUUAUUUGGUAACCAUAACUUUCUCAAAACUGCAAAUUUUAACUUUGCUAUGAUUUUUUGUGACAAUUUUUGCAGAAUAGGGAUUUUAUCGGAAAUCAAGUAAAGUAAAAUUGUAUACACCUCAAAAAGCUUGUAUGCAAUUUCUAGAAGGAAUUAUCUAAAUUUUAUACACAAAUUUAAAAAUGUAACGGAUCUGCUAUACUUUUCAUUUUAUGCAUGUGCUUAAUCCCUGAUUAUUGAAAAAAAUGGCAGUAGGGUAAGAAAUGUAGAAUAGUGUUAUUAUAUUUUGGAUUUAGAAAAUUGGCGUCUAAAAAAAUUGUAACAGGCUUAGGAUAUGCAAUUUUAAGAAAGUUAUACAGAAUGUCAAGAAAUGGUGGACAAACUUUGGGAUUUGGGUAGAUCUUGCAAAAAUGUCGGCAUUAAGUGCAAAGGUUGUGCAAUACAAGGAACCGUUUUCAAAAUAAAUGAAGAUAACUUCAGUAGCUACUGGUAACUCUACAGGGUGAGCCCCAAUAAAUAAGAUUUAUAUAAACUGGUGAUGUUGGCUUUUCAGGGGCCUACCUAAAUCCAAAGUUGCAUAUAUUGUGUCAAUAUUGUUUUUUACAUUUGUAAGGACUUUUUACACAUAAAAAUUGGGACGCAUGUAUCUGGGCGAUCGUGUAUGCCAUUUCUUUUUUACUCGGAAUAUUUUAAGGUAUUAUUUAUUUAAUGCAGUAAGGAUGUUUUAGUGGAAAACGAUUCCUUCGAGCUGCUAUUGAGACAUUUUUAUACGCACGAAACUUAUCUAAUACGAUUACUUAAUACUUGUAGGAUAAAGUCAUGCAUAAUAAUGAAACAAUGGGAACUUUUGCUCAUUUUUUUUUUAUACCAGAAAGACAGUUUUAUUUUAUCAGUUAGUAGUAGUUUUCUUUAUGUGGCAGAGUAAAUUUUUGUAUCGGUACAAUGUUUUCUGCUCAGCCGUCAAUACUGAACUUGUAAAAUUUAAAUGAGGGUUCCUAAUAUUAUAAGUUUUAUUUACCCUUAGAAUUGGUAGAGAGACAAUGCCAUGUAUUAAUGUGUUUUUGUGUUAACCAAAUUUUCUUUUAAGCAAAAUGUGUAUCCUCCGUUUUUGUAUCUGUGAAAAAUAAAAUUAUUUUCAGUAUUC